UACUGCUACCAUCCUAUUCCUUCCCCCAAACUUCUCAAUUCCCCAACAAAAUCCAACACCGCCACUGCCUCCUCUAGUCCUCUCCCACAUCACCACGGCCUGCCCCCUUGCCGGCGACAUGAGAGCGGCCCCCGCCACCGCCUCCGGCGCGGCGGCCUUCCCCACCCCCGCCGACGUCGCCCUCGCCGGCGCGCUGCUCUGCCUCGCCGACUCCCCGCCCGCGCCGCUCCUCCCCACCGUCAGCGACGAGCUCCCCUCCUACUCCGGCUCCUCCUCCUCCUACUCCGUCACCUCGGCGAGGUCGUGCGUGUCCGACGCGGCGCGCCGCAGCCGCCCCAUUGACCCCCUACGCGUGCUCGCCGUCAUCGCCUCCCUCCGCCGCAUCGACCCCAAGGUACUGGCGCAGGCGACCAGCAAGCUGUUCCAGGGCGAGCCGGCGAAGAGGCGGAAGGGAGUGUGGAUCGAGGUCAUCAACGGCGAGGAGGAGGACGGGGAGGAGAGCGAGAGGGCCAGCGUGGUGGCCAGCGAGGGGAGCACCAUCACGGGAGCCGCGUCCUCCCGCUCCACGGCCACGUCGGGGAGAUGCCGCCGACCUCCGCUGGCGAGCGGUGGUUGUGAGAGUCUGGUGCGGAGAGCGGACUCGAUCAUGAAGUGGCUCUCGCGGCCGAAGGCGGCACCGGCCACGGAGACGGCCAUCCGCGCCGCCGUCGGCGACAACGCUGUAACCAGCAAGGCUCUGCGCUGGUUGCUGAAGCAGAAGAGAGGGUUGCGUCGUGCAGGCACUGGUGGCCGCCCGGAUCCGUAUGUGUACAUGAUUGCAGGCUGAAGUGGUGAAGUUAAGUAAGCUGUGUUAUAGCAAGGAGUUGGCACCUAUAUAUAUAUCUACUGGAAAGGUCAAGUUAGCUUUUGAAGAGUAUUUAGUAAUUUCUAGCACCUGCUGUUUAAUCGAUCCAGUUUUGCCUAGCCUCCCCGCAGAUAACAAAUGUAGGAUAGGGAUAGAUAUUUACGUGUUCGCAAUAGCUUGCAAAGCACUGGUGAAAAGCUCUUGGAUAGAAAGGUAAAUGGAUAGUCAUAUAGAUGGCAGUUUCAUGAUUAUGAAGUCAUUAUUCAUGUAUGUUGAGAAUCAGUAUAAUCCUCGCAAGAAGCAUGAGAAAUAAUUGGUACUGUUGGAAUCAGUAUAAUAAAAAUAUAAUGAGUUCAGUUU